AUUGUGGGUGAGAACGAGCGGAGCAGCUCCGGCGUUCCUGGCGAUGAAGCGGCGCCCGGGCUAGGAGCCGGCGCGGAGACAUUUGAAUUAGCUUUAGCAGAAGAGAAAUGGAGGAGCCAUAGAAUAUUAAGGAUGAAUUCAGGAAGGCCUGAGACCAUGGAAAACUUGCCUGCACUCUAUACUAUUUUUCAAGGAGAGGUUGCUAUGGUGACAGACUAUGGAGCUUUUAUCAAAAUCCCAGGCUGUCGGAAGCAAGGUCUGGUCCAUCGAACUCACAUGUCAUCCUGUCGUGUGGAUAAGCCUUCUGAGAUAGUAGAUGUUGGAGACAAAGUGUGGGUGAAGCUUAUUGGCCGAGAGAUGAAAAAUGAUAGAAUAAAAGUGUCCCUCUCCAUGAAAGUUGUCAACCAAGGAACUGGGAAAGACCUCGAUCCCAACAACGUUAUCAUUGAGCAAGAAGAGAGGCGGAGGCGGUCCUUCCAGGAUUACACCGGGCAGAAGAUCACCCUUGAGGCUGUCCUGAACACGACCUGCAAGAAGUGUGGCUGCAAAGGCCACUUUGCAAAAGACUGUUUCAUGCAGCCAGGAGGAACCAAGUAUUCUCUGAUCCCUGAAGAGGAAGAGGAAAAGGAAGAGGCAAAGGAAGAAGGAACUGAAAAGCCUGAUCCCACAAAGAACUCUUCUAGGAAAAGAAAGAAGGAAAAGAAGAAAAAGAAACAUAGAGACAGGAAGUCAUCCGACAGUGAUAGCUCUGACUCUGAGAGUGAUAUGGGCAAGAAGGCAAGGCAUACAUCAAAAGACAGCAAGGCUACAAAAAAGAAGAAGAAGAAGAAGAAACACAAGAAGAAGCAUAGGGAAUGAGGGUGGACUGGGCCGAGGCAGCCCUGGCUCCAGAAAGACUCAAUAGUGAGAAUAUGGGCUCCCACCCCACUGACUUUGUCCCCGUGGUCUCCUCACGCAGCAAGCAGAUUGGGGAGCAAGAGGGUGGCUCCCAGAAUGUUUUGUCCUUAUCGCUCCCGAUCCCUUUGCAAGUGACCCCUGCAGCCAUUGCAUUCAUAUACACGAUUUUCUCAUUCAGCAGAGGGUUCUAUUCCCAUCCCCGGCUGCCACUGCCAGAGCUGGAUUCCUUUGCAGGAUCCAUGCUAGAGCCACAGGUGCUACUGUGGAGGUGAGCCUGGCUGUCAAGAGAGCAGCCCUCCCCUGCCUGCUACCUGAACCAGUUGUGGGUAGAGUCUGCAGCCUCAUUAGCGGCAGGAGGGAGAAGUGUUUCACUUCUCCAUUCCCUCAUCCAGGGCCUGUAUUCAAAGUGACAGCCAUGGCGAGAAUAGUCUUUACAGCGACUGCUGAACCUGAGAUCUGAAGCCAUGGUCAUUGCUCUGCUUUCUGUCUAUCACUAUGUGAGUGAUUGCUUCCAUUUUGGGUCUCUGCUUAAAAUCCUGGCAUAAGUGGAAACGUGUUUGGUUUUAAACUUUCUGGAAGGCUGUA